UGGUUGUCCAGUGGUACACAGCUCCUCCCAUCUUGCCCUGGCAGGCCCCUGACCAGUCCAUCCAGCACCUAAGGGCAGCACAGCCAGUGGGAGGGAGGAGGGUUUGAAAGGGAACCAGCUGGGGUCCUGUGGGAUGAUGGUCUGUCGUGCUUCCUCAAAGUGAACAGGCCAUGGCGCAGGCUGCUGGGCUGUCACAGAUCAGCACUACUUCUGGCCAGCCCUAUGUGAGCAAGCUGGUUCUGCUUGGAAGCAGUUCUGUGGGCAAGACCAGCCUGGUCCUUCGGUACAUGAAGCAGGACUUCAGCAAUGUCUUGCCAACGGUGGGGUGUGCAUUCUUCACAAAGGUGGUGGAUAUGGGCUCCUCAUCUCUGAAGCUUGAGAUCUGGGACACAGCCGGCCAGGAGAAAUACCACAGUGUCUGCCACCUCUACUUCCGGGGUGCCAAUGCCGCACUCCUGGUAUACGAUAUCACUCGGAAGGAUUCCUUUCACAAGGCCCAGCAGUGGCUGGAGGACCUGGAGAAGGAGUUCCACCCAGGAGAGGUGGUGGUGAUGCUGGUCGGCAACAAAACGGACCUCGGCGAGGAGCGGGAAGUGACCUUCCAGGAAGGGAAGGAAUUUGCGGAGAGCAAAAACUUGCUGUUCAUGGAAACCUCGGCCAAGCUGAACUACCAGGUGUCUGAGGUCUUCAGCACGGUUGCCCAGGAGUUACUGCAGAGAGCUGGAGACCGGGGAAGCAGCUCACAGGAAGGCGAGGCUGUGGUUCUGAACCAGGAACCUGCUGCUAGGCACAGCCAGUGCUGUCCAUGAUAGAUGCCAUAGUUUCUGCCACUGCAGGGGAGUGUGUGGAGGACAUCUCAGCCCGUGCCUCAGAGGUCCUCAACCAUCUUCAGAACAAGGCUGGUGGCUCUACGUUCAUUCAUAUUCUCUGUUGAAGAUGAAUGAUGCCUGAGCCCUGGAGGCUUCCAGAUGUUGGCUUCCUUCAUAAUAACUGCUUGCCAAACCUGGCGGGAACUGUCCCAGAAGACUGUCAGCCCCUCCUUACCAGAUCCCACCUGAUUCCUGGAUGUCCUGAGCUAGUGUGCCCGUCAAACCUGAGCUGUCCCAAUUAGCUGCCUUGCUAUAACACAGGACAGUUAAAUGAAGCAGAGCAGAAUCAUGGACUGGAACAAUUCUUUGAUCCAUGCAAUGGAAAGACAGAUGCUUCAUCCUGGGGCAGCUGGUCCAUAACUGGACCACUGUGGACCUGGGAAUUGCCAGGGUUAAGGGGGCUGAUAACAGCAUCAGUGCAAGGAAAAAAAUGGAGAGAUGAUGUGACCCUGGAGAGACAGAGUCUGGAGUGCCUGGGAUAGAAGUGUCCCCUUUCAGCUGUGGGUGAACAGAACCAGGCUUCUAUCAGGUGGUGCCAGAACUCUAGAGCCUCCAUUGUAUUGUCCAUGUAUCCUUCUCUCUAAAUAUUAAAUGUCUUGACAAUCUGA